AUGGUGCGCGUCCAGUUCGGCGCAGAAAGAAGCCGGAGCUCGGGCCCCGGAGCGUGCGAUCGAGGUCCUGGUGCCGUUCGCAACAACACGAAGUCGAAGUUGCACCGUGUGGCUAUUUUUUCGAACAACGUGGGCACCGACUGGAGCUAUGGGCUGGGCUCCGGAGGCACCGGAGGUGGAGCUGCGUUGGAGAAGCGAACGGCCAUCGGCACGAAUGAGCCGCAGGUAAUGAGAGCGCCUAUGGGUGAUACCACGGUGGAGUAG